GUUGGUAUAUACUUUAUGUAGAAAAGUCUAUCCUUGUUAAUACCUGUAAAUUUUAUCGUAUACAUGAGCGACGAGCGUUCGGUGAUAAAGCAAAUUGUCAUAACUCGUCACUUUCAUCAAUCAUUUGUGAAAGAUGGCAAAUGAAAUUGAAGAAACUUUAAAGCGUUUGCAGUCGCAUGAAGGCGUAGAAGGUAUAAUCGUCAUAAAUAGCGAAGGAAUCGCUAUCAAAAGCACAAUGGACAAUACAGUUACCGUCCAGUACGCUGGACUCAUUGGUUCAUUAGCCGAAAAAUCCCGCAGCGUGGUACGCGACUUAGAUCCAAGCAACGAUCUUGUUUUCAUUCGCGUUCGAUCAAGAAAACACGAAAUCAUGGUAGCACCCGAUCGAGAGUACAUAUUAAUGGUAAUACAGAAGCCUGUUAAUUAACAGAAGGUGUUUUGCAAAAAGAAAACGUCCAUUUGUUAAUUAACAGGCCACAAUUCAAAAAAAUCGGAUUGUUAUAAACCGUUUGAUCUUAGAUAAAUGAUUGUAAUUGUACUUUAUUGUAUAUAAACUGUAUAAAUAAUUGUGUAUAUUUAA